GUUCUCUUGUAGGAAAUGUAAAACAUGUUUUCAGAAUUUUUUUAAUUUACUCAAAUAAAAUCAAUUUAACUGCUUUUAGACUAGCACAAACAGCCCAGAAUAAUGGAUAAAUCACCGAGGAAACUUGACAAUGUGAAAUCUUCGAUCAGUGUAGUGGAUCUCAACAAUGUAGCAAUUGUUGCGAUGCGUCCAAUUGUACGGAAGGCAAAGGUGCAGGUCAUACACAAACUAACCCGCCAGAUUGAACAAUAUAAGAAACGAAAGGGUACUCCAGCUGUAGUUGAUGCAUAUAGCAAAAAAGCUGGCCGACUUCUUGAGGAGAUACAGAUCAUAAAACAAUUCAAGCCAGAUCCCAUAUCCAUCCAUUCUUUCGCUUCUACAGAAACGUUUGCUCAGGUUGCCAACAAGGCAGAAAUCAGUCUCAAGGAGCGAGCCCAAGCAAGACUAUGUGACAAUAAACUGAUAAAUGAUAAGGUAACAAAGUUCCGGAAAGAGCAUGCAGAUUGGAAGGAACUGGCGGGAUUUCUCCAAACGCGAGUCACAAGACGUGGUAAAUCUAAGACUAGGAGAAACCGUAUAAAACGACGUAAGGAGAAGGGACUUACAACAACUAAACCAGAGUCAGCCUCAGAUGGGACAAAAACUGAUUCUAAACUUAAAUCCAGCAAAAAGGAAACUAUUAAAGAAAACAAAAAGAAACCUAAAAGUAUUAAUACUUCUGCUGUUGUGAAAACUAACAAAAGGAAACCUGAGGUGAAAGAGAAAGGUGAUAAUGUCUCUGAUAAUUCUUCACCAGAAUCUGAAACUGAAGGAUCAGACUCUAACAUCGAUUCAGAUGAUGAUCGUGAAGAAGAAAAUGUUGAAACUGAUGAUGAUGACGAUUCAGACAUUGAAGACAUUGACUUAGGUUCUGAGGAAAAUAC